AUGGUGUCUCCAAAAAUUCAAAAAGAUAUUUGUCAUUGUUUUACACAAGAUAUUCUUAAAUCUACUAUAAAAGAAAUUAGUGAUGAUGUGUUUGCUUUGUUAGUUUAUGAGUCUAGCAAUAUUUCUAAAAAGGAACAUAUGGUUGUGGUUUUACGAUACGUUGAUGACACGUAUGGAAUUUUGAAGGAGAGAUUUGUGGGUCUUGUUCAUGUGAAAGAGACAUAUUCUUUAAAUGUUAAAUCUGUUGUUGAUAGUUUAUUUGCUGAGUUUGGUUUGAGCUUAAGACAUGUGAGAGGCCAGGGUUAUGAUGGUGCUAGUAACAUGCGUGGUCAGUUUAAUGGGUUGAAAACAUUAAUUAUGAGAGAAAACAGCUCGGGAUAUUAUAUACGUUGUUUUCCUCACCAGCUCCAGUUGGUUGUGGCGGUUACGAAAAAAUAUUUUAAUAGUGGUGACUUUUUUGAUAUGAUAGCGGUCUUGACGAAUAUGGUUGGUGAUUCUUGCAAAAUGACUGAUAUGCUUCGAGAUAGUCAAAGAGAGAGGUUCUUAAAGGAGAUGGGUCGUGGUGAACUUGAAACAGGAAGUGGGAUGAAUCAAGAACUUUCUCUUGCAAGAGCCGGAGAUACACUUUGGAGUUCACAUUAUCAAACACUUCUAUGUUUGGAUGAUUUGUAUCCAAGUGUAAUUGAAGUGCUUAAAUAUGUUGAAAAAGAGGGAGAAAAAGAUGUGCAACAAUGUCAAGCAAGUGGUCUUCAAAUAUAUUUCACAUCAUUUGAGUUUAUAUUCUAUUUGCACUUGAUGUUUUGUAUUUUAGGGCUCACAGAUAUAUUAUCACAGGCUUUGCAAAGAAAAGAUCAAGAUAUAUUGAAUGAUAUCUCAUUAGUGAUGUCGACAAAGCGACAAUUACAAAAUUUUAGAAUUGAUAUAUGUGGGAUUCCCUUUUGA